AUGGUUGCCAGGAACAAACCGGCUAAAUCCAAUGUCACUCAUCGUCCAAAGCCGUCAGACAAACCGCCUGCCUAUGAGGAUGAUGAAAAUCUGCUUGUCAUCGGUAUCGAUUUCGGGACCACCUAUUCAGGCAUCGCAUGGGCUACCCAAACAGACUUCGACAGCGAGCAGAUCAACCUCAUAACCAGCUGGCCAGGGUCGGGUCGAGAGGAAGGUAAGGCUCCAACCGAGAUAUGCUAUGACGAUGAAAUGCUCUGGGGGUUUGAGGUGGACAAGGACACCACCCCCAUUACCUGGUUCAAGCUCCUACUCUUGAAGGAGGAGGACCUAUCCCCGGAGUUGCGUUCCUUCGAGUUCCUCCUCCGCGCCAAGAAGAUGGCUCAUGAGAAUGGCAAGACAGCCAUCGAUCUCAUCGCUGAUUAUCUCCGGGCGAUUUGGCGUCACACACUCGAGUCUAUCGCCAAGGAUCGCGGGGAAUCAGUCCUCGAAGCGUACCAGUUCCACGUCGUAAUUACCGUCCCUGCUAUCUGGAAGGACUAUGCCAGGCAGGACAUGGAGAAGGCGGCCAAAAGGGCCGGUAUUCUUGUUCGCAGAGCAGCGGGCAAGACUAUCUUGACAUUCGCCCCGGAACCAGAGGCCGCCGCCCUAUCGACUCUUUGUGACCCAGGUCGCAAACCUAGGGAGGGCGAUGUGUACCUUAUCUGCGAUGCCGGAGGUGGCACAGUUGUGAGAUCUCAGGAUCUCAUCACCUACGAGAUCACCGGCGUCGACCCGAUCCUGAUGAGGGAAGCCGUCGAAGGAACAGGCGGACUCUGCGGAGGUAUCUUCAUUGACGAGGCUUUCGAGGCCAGGGUGAGGGAUCGCCUAGGUCACAAGUGGGAUCAAAUCAGCCAGUCAGGCAUCAAGGAGAUGCUCAAGGGCGACUGGGAGCUUUCCAUCAAGCCACAGUAUAAGCUUGGAAACGAAAAGAAGGAAUACGUGGUAUCGAUCCCGGCCGAAGCUUACCAGAAUGACAACGAACUAUUCAACGACAUGACAUGGGAGCCUUUCAUCAAGAACGGCCGUAUUCAUCUCAGAGGAUGUCACAUCGAAAAGGUCUUUGCAGAGUCUUUUGCUAAAAUUGAUGAGCUUGUUGAAGUCCAAAUCCUUCAGGCCGAGAAGCAGGGCCUGUCGUUGACGGUAGGCGAUACUAUAGCUGGGAUCAUUCUGGUUGGCGGCUUGGGGAGUAGCCCUUAUCUGUACGAGCACUUGAGGGCUCAACAUGGACCAGCCAACAUCAACAUCCUGCAAUCGACCGGAAUGAGACCUCGUACGGCAAUCUGUCGAGGAGCCGUGUACAAAGGCUUCGGAACCACGUCCUCCAAGCGAGACAGCCCUGCCCCAAUCCAAGUCACCUCGACCAUCUCAAGAGCUAGUUACGGGGUAAACCACAGAAGCGCUUUCAACCCAAAAGUACACCUUCAGCAGGACAAGAUAUGGAGCAAGACGGCAUACGCGUGGGAGGCCGACAACCAAAUAAGAUGGUACCUGAAAAAGGGAGAAAACGUGUCAACCAAAGAGCCAGUGUCCCACCCCUGGUACGUGCUGUACGAAACCGACAGCAACUUCGACGGGACCUUUAAAGUGGCGAUCUCUCAGUGCCAGGAGGAUAUGCCCCCCACGCGCAGGAACGACAGCGUUAAGACGUGGGUCACCAUCAACUGCUCGAUCGAUACUCCCUUCUGGGGCCUGAAAGAUCACUGGAACAAGGCUGGGAUCAGGGUAAAGAGGAUAGACUACCACGUCGAGAUGGUUCCGUCUGGCGCCUCUAUUGAGUUUGCGGUUGUGGUGGAUGGAAAGAAGGUGGGCAAGUCCCAGUUUCAAGCUCACUUUAGCUAG